UCCAUGGAUUCCAAACAGAGGGUGCAUAUGAAUCAAGGACAAGACGAAACAAGCUAUGCUCGUAACUCCAGUAUUCAGAGCGCUCAGCAGAACAGGAUGAAGCCCCUGAUAGAAGCGGCCAUUGUUGGCUUAUGCAGCAACCCCAACACCUUGUUGUCCGGAAAGAUGGCCAUCGCAGACUUGGGCUGCUCCUCUGGUCCAAAUGCACUAGCACUGGUGUCAAUAGCCGUGGAAGCCACCCACAACCACUUUCUUCGGUUCCAGCAGCCACCUCCAGAAGUCUGUGUACUCCUUAAUGAUCUCCCGGACAAUGACUUCAACGUGGUGGUGAAGAGCCUGGUGGCGCUCCAGCAAACCAACGAGCCUGUUUGUUUAACUGGUAUUGUACCAGGGUCAUUCUACGAGAGGCUCUUCCCUAGUGGCUCCUUGCAUCUUGUCUGCUCAUCCAACAGCCUUCAAUGGCUCUCAAAGGAUCCUGAAGAUUUAGUGGCAAACCACAUCUCUGCAUAUGACUUCGAUGAGCAUAUCAGGCGUGAAAGACUCCCAGUGGUUGCUGCAGCUUAUGGACGGCAGUUCAGGAAGGAUUUCACACGUUUCCUCAAGCUCAGAGCCAAAGAAUUGGUUCCAGAAGGCCAGAUGGUUGUCUCCCUUGUGGGUAGGCGUUCUGAUAAACUUGCCACCGAAAUAUCUUAUGUCUGGGGAACUGCAGCUCAAAUUUUAGGUGUCAUGGCUUCAGAGGGCAUGAUUGACAAAAAAAAGUUUGAUUCUUUCUACAUACCAGCAUAUGGACCUUCCGCUAAAGAGCUGAGAGUGAUCAUCGAAGAGGAGGGCUCCUUCUCAAUCACUGAGAUGCAGGCCCACGACUAUGCAACCGGCAUGGACAGGGCGCUCCUCACCCCAAACAGGAUAGCCAAUACUCUGAGAGCUAUAUUCGAGCCGAUAAUAGUCCAGCAUUUUGGAGAGAUCAUGGAUGAAUUUGUAAGGACCGGCGAGAAGCACUUGAGCCUUCAGCGAAGCUCGCAAGUCGAGGGUACCAAAGACCCAAUAGUUAUGGUAGUUGUAUCACUCGCCAAGGCAUAA